AUGAAUUUACCCGAGAUAAAACCAUACGAGGAGCAAGCAAUAGAUGCUGUAGUGUCAGUGAUAAACAGAGCAAAGGAAUCUCUUGGAAUACGACAAACAUUGAAAGAACUUGCAAAAACACGCGAACUUUACUCGCCCCGAGCGAAAGUAUGCACCACAAAUCUAAAAAGUCCUCUUGUCAAGAGUGGCGAGGAAUUGAUUAGAAGUGCAAUUGAGAAGGAGUGGGGUUUGACAGAUACCAUGAUGUACACCUUGAAUUAUAAAGGUGGAUCUCAAGAUGAAUGCGCUCAGUAUUAUUACUUUGAAGCAAUAUUCAGUCAACCAACCGCCGCUUAUCCUAUACCUCAAUCUACCGCCUCCGUGUUCUUCAGAAUCCAGGAUAAACAUGUAGAAUCUCCUGAAAACAGACCUGUACCUGUGAUGACGUUCAGAGUGGAGGGACAUCAUCGCGAUCAUGACGUACGGUACAUCACGUUACCCGCAGACUGGAUUCUUGGAGUCAUCAAGAUGAAGUCCAAGCUCUUUGAAAGGAUAGAGAAUUUGCUAUUGUUUUAA